AUGAUGAUGGGACAGGAUGAAAGCUCAGUCCGUGUGGCUCUGAGGAUUCGUCCUCAGCUGGCCCGCGAGAAGAUCGAAGGAUGUCACAUCUGUACGUAUGUGAUGCCCGGGGAGCCUCAGGUGAUCCUGGGCAAAGACAAGUCCUUCACCUACGACUACGUGUUCGACAUGGACUCCCAGCAGGACAGCAUCUUCUCCACCUGCACGGAGAAGCUGAUCGACGGCUGCUUCGAGGGCUACAACGCCACCGUCUUCGCAUACGGACAGACGGGUUCGGGGAAGACCUACACCAUGGGAACGGGCUUUGACGUCAACAUCUCAGACGACGAGCUGGGUAUCAUUCCUCGUGCCGUCCACCAUCUCUUCAAGGGCAUCGAGGAGCGCAGACAGGCCGCUCAGGAGCAGGGACGGCCUGUACCUGAGUUUAAAAUCAACGCCCAGUUCCUCGAGCUUUACAAUGAGGAAGUUCUGGACCUGUUCGACUCCGUAAGAGACAUGAAGCAGAAAUCUCACAUCAAGAUUCACGAGGACGCCAACGGAGGAAUCUACACAGUGGGAGUGACCACACGGACCGUUUCCUCUGAGGCAGAGAUGAUGCAGUGCCUGAAGCUGGGAGCUCUGUCUCGCACCACAGCCAGCACUCAGAUGAACGUCCAGAGUUCUCGAUCCCACGCCAUCUUCACCAUCCACCUGUGCCAAGUCCGCGUCUGUGCCUCCGACAAUCAAGACAAUGAGACUGAUAACAGAGUGUCCAACGGCAACUCUGAGAUGGACGAGUACGAGACGCUGUCAGCCAAGUUUCACUUUGUUGACCUCGCCGGUUCAGAGAGGCUGAAGAGAACCGGAGCGACGGGUGAUCGAGCCAAAGAGGGCAUCUCCAUCAACUGUGGACUGCUCGCUCUGGGGAAUGUAAUCAGUGCUUUGGGCGACCGGAGCAAACGCUCCUCACACGUGCCUUACAGAGACUCCAAACUCACCCGACUUCUACAGGACUCUUUAGGAGGAAACAGCCAAACAGUGAUGAUCGCAUGCAUCAGCCCGUCUGACCGUGACUUCAUGGAGACGCUGAACACGCUGAAGUACGCCAACAGAGCCAGGAACAUCAAGAACAAGGUGAUGGUGAACCAGGACAAGGCCAGCCAGCAGAUCAGCGCUCUCAGGACGGAGAUAGCUCGACUGCAGAUAGAGCUGAUGGAGUACAAGUCGGGUAAACGCUUGGCGGGCGAGGACGGCAUGGAGAGCUUCAGCGACAUGUUCCAUGAGAAUGCAAUCCUGCAGACGGAGAACAGCAACCUGAGAGUGAGGGUGAAGGCCAUGCAGGAGACCAUCGAUGCCCAGAGAGGGCGGCUCACCCAGCUGAUCAGUGACCAAGCAAACCAGGCUCUCGCCAGGGCAGGUGAAGGAGGCACUGAGGAGAUUGGCAACAUGAUUCAGGGUUACAUCAAAGAGAUUGAAGAGCUCAGAGCCAAACUCUUAGAGAGCGAGGCUGUGAAUGAGAACCUGAGGAAGAAUUUGUCCCGUGCCUCCAACCGUCAGUCGUUCUACGGAGGGCCCGGAUCUUUCUCCACGCCGCUGCUGGCCCCCGAGAAGGAGACUUCUGACAUCAUCGAGCUCGCCAAGAAAGACCUGGAGAAACUGAAGAAGCGAGAAAAAAAGAAAAAGAAAAGACUCCAGCUGCUGUUGGAUGAGAGAGAGAGGGAGCAAAGGGAGGAGGUGGUGGAAGAGGUUGAGGACGCCAGCGCCAACAAGGAGGAAGUUCCUGACAACGACCAAGAGAAGGGAACCGAGAAGGAAAUGGCCGAGAGAGUCAUCGAGGAGGCAGAAAUGGAGGUCCAAGAAGGCAGCGACCACGAGGAGGCAGAAGAAGAUGACGAGGAGGACGAAGAGGAGAUGGAUGUAGAGGAGAGCUCUGAUGAUUCUGACUCUGAGUCGGAUGAAAAAGAGAACUUCCAGGCAGAUCUGGCCAACAUCACCUGCGAGAUCGCCAUCAAGCAGAAGCUGAUCGACGAGCUGGAGAACAGCCAGCGGCGUCUGCACACGCUCAAACAGCAGUACGAGCAGAAGCUGAUGAUGCUGCAGUGCAAGAUCAGGGACACCCAGCUGGAGAGGGACCGCGUGCUCCAUAACAUGACUUCAGUGGAAACCGGCACGGAGGACAAGGCUCGCAAGAUCAAGGCUGAAUAUGAGAAGAAGCUGGGCCUCAUGAACAAGGAGCUUCAGAAGCUGCAGUCUGCUCAGAAGGAGCACGCCCGCCUGCUGAAGAACCAAUCACAGUACGAGAAACAGCUGAAAAAGCUUCAGCUGGAUGUGGCGGAAAUGAAAAAAACCAAGGUUCGUCUCAUGAAGCAGAUGAAGGAGCAGCAGGAGAAGAACAGGAUGAACGAGUCUCGCAGAAACCGAGAAAUUGCGACUUUGAAGAAAGACCAGCGCAAGCAAGAGCAUCAACUGAGGCUACUGGAGGCUCAGAAAAGACAGCAGGAGCUUAUUCUGAGGAGAAAGACGGAGGAGGUGACAGCUCUAAGGAGGCAGGCCAGACCCACCUCAGGGAAGAUCAUCAGGAAACUCCCAGAACUGAGCCAGGACUCCUCUCACCGCCCUCCCUCUGGGCGCCUGUACUCCUCCGGCAACGCCGCUCCUAACGGCACUCGGUCUUCCUACAGGCGUACAGUAGGUAUUUACUCCACCAGGAUCGCCCGUAAUAAAUGGUCGUCUCUUGAGCGACGGAUAAGCGACGUCAUCAUGCAGAGGAUGACCAUCUCCAACAUGGAGGCCGACAUGAACCGCCUCCUCAAGCAACGGGAGGAGUUGACUAAGCGUAAGGAGAAGGUCAUCAGGAAGAGAGGCCGGCUGGACAUAGAAGGACCAGAAUUGGAGAAGGCGAUGCUUCCCCUGAACGAGGAAGUGGAUGCAUUAACCGCUAACAUUGACUACAUUAACGACAGCAUCGCAGACUGUCAGGCCAACAUCAUGCAGAUGGAGGAGGCAAAGGAGGACGGAGACACAGUGGACGUCUCUGCUGUGAUUACUUCCUGCACGCUGGCAGAAGCUCGUUUCCUGCUGGAUCACUUCAUGUCAAUGGCUAUAAACAAGGGUCUGCAGGCGGCCCAGAAGGAGUCUCAGGUGAAGGUGAUGGAGGGCAGGCUGAAGCAGACGGAGAUCACCAGCGCCACACAGAACCAGCUGCUCUUUCACAUGCUGAAGGAGAAGGCCGAGUUCAACCCGGAGCUGGACGCGCUGCUGGGAAACGCUCUGCAAGAGCUAGGUAACAUCCCGGCUGAAAACGGGGAUGAUAGCAGCAGUGAUGAGUCAGCCCAGAGCCCUUCUGCAGAGGGAAGCACCUUGACAUCAGAUCUUAUGAAACUUUGUGGAGACACCAAAACAAGAAAUAAGGCUCGUAGGAGGACCACCACUCAGAUGGAGCUACUGUAUGCAAGCAGUGACUCCGCCCCCGACGCGCCCACCGCAGACUUCUCCGGUCCGAUGUUACCGUUAGCUGAAACGCCAGAUGGAGGAGGAGACACGGAAUCAUCAGGCUCAGCAGUCAGGGACUACACCGCUCUCUCUCCCGGCUUUUCCUCUAAAAUGGGCAGCAUUUCUGGCCCCAGAACUCCGUCAGGGGUGGAAAAGCGAGCGCCGGAGCCUUCCCCGCUCUCUCGCAGGAAGACGUAUGACAAGGCACAACAAGCAGCCGACAGGGCAAAGGUCAAGGAGAUUAAACAGGGCAUCAUUAACCCGGUGCCAUCAACUAAGAGCAGUCGCUCAUCAACGUUGCAGUGCGCCCAUGUGGCGGAAGGUCACAGUAAAGCUGUUCUCUGUGUCGACUGCACUGAUGACCUUCUCUUUACCGGAUCCAAAGACCGGACCUGUAAGGUGUGGAACCUGGUGACGGGUCAGGAGAUAAUGUCCCUGGCAGGUCAUCCCAACAACGUGGUGUCAGUCCGCUACAGCUCAAGUUUGGUCUUCACCAUCUCCACCUCCUACAUUAAAGUCUGGGACAUCCGCGACUCGGCCAAGUGCAUCCGAACACUAUCGUCCUCUGGUCAGGUUAGUGUCGGCGACAUCUGUGCGUCUACCACCAGCCGGACGGUCACCAUCCCUGCAGGAGAGAACCAGAUCAACCAGAUCGCUCUCAACCCCAACGGGACGGUCCUAUACGCUGCUGCCGGAAACUCAGUCAGAGUCUGGGAUCUGCGAAGAUUUGCAUCCACUGGGAAACUUACUGGUCACCUCGGCCCAGUAAUGUGUUUGACUGUGGAUAAGUCCGGAAAGAACCAAGACCUCGUGAUCACUGGGUCCAAAGACCACUACAUCAAGCUGUUCGAUGUGACUGAAGGCUCUCUGGGAAGCAUCAGCCCAACACACAACUUUGAACCUCCGCAUUACGACGGCAUCGAGUCACUGGUGGUCCAGGGGGACAUGCUCUUCAGCGGCUCCCGAGACAACGGCAUCAAAAAGUGGGACCUGAACCGCAAAGACCUGCUGCAGCAAGUCCCGAACGCCCACCGGGACUGGGUGUGCGCGCUGGGCGUGGUCCCCGGCACCUCGGCUCUGCUGAGCGGCUGCAGAGGCGGGGUGCUCAAGCUUUGGCACACGGACACUCUGGGGACCAUCGGGGAGCUCAAAGGUCACGACAGCCCCAUCAACGCCAUUUCUUGCAACAGCAGCCACAUGUUCACUGCCUCCGAUGACCGCACAGUGAAGAUCUGGCGUGUGCGCGGUGGACUGGACAGCACCUCAGAGACGGUCGACAAUGCGGACGAGGUGGCCAGUAACUGAACGCAGCGCCUCCUGCUGGUUUAAUCUCUGGAAGCAACACUAACGGCAUCUUCUGAUGCUGCUGCCCUGCACUUUGACCCCCUAACUUAUCCAGCCCAGCGCUCUCACACUCACACACACACACACACACACAC